AUGGUACCUCCCACAAAGAGAAAGAGAGAUGAAGAGUUUCCUCUUGCAAGAGAAGAUGCUACACAACAGCCAACUGCUUCUUCCCUUAUGAGGAAUACUGAAGAAGUAUCAUUUCCAAGAGGUGGUUCUUCGGCACUUACACCAUUAGAAUUGAAACAAGUUGCAAAUGAAGCCGCCAAUGACGUACUUUUCGGUAAAGAAACUUCCACAGAUGUUGCUGAGUCUACAACAAGACCAAAGAAAAAAAAGAAGACAGGAAAGAAAUCGAAGAAGGAUACAGAAGAGAAGACUGAAGAAGAAGAUGAAGAGACUUUGUCUGUGGUUCAACAUGUCAACUUCAAAACUUUGAAAAUUGGAUCACUUGUCUUGGGUCAGAUAUCUGAGAUAUCAAAGACAGAUAUGUGCAUCUCAUUCACCGAUGGCUUAUCCGGUUAUGUAAAUUUAACUCAUAUUUCAGCACCAUUCAUGACAAUCUUGGAAGAAUUAGACGAUGAUAUGGAUGAUGACGAUGAACUUGAGAAAAAGAAAACUGAUGAAGAAUAUGAUUCUUCUGACGAUGAAGAAGAAAAAGAAAAGGCAACCAAAGAUUCAAUUGGACUACCUUCUUUGGAAAAUUAUUUCAAGGUUGGACAAUGGUUGAGAUGCUCGGUAAUUUCCAAUACUGCAUUGCUACCAAAAGAUAAGAAAAAUAAAAAGAAGAAAAUCGAAUUAAGUAUCGAACCAUCCGUUGUAAAUACAUUGACGGAAGAGGACAUAGUGAGAUCUGCAUCCGUACAAUGUGCUGUCAAGAGUAUAGAAGAUCAUGGUGCCAUGCUAGAUAUUGGUAUCGAUGGAUUUACAGGGUUCAUUUCUAAAAAAGACUAUCCAGAAUUCGAAAAAUUACUUCCUGGUGCUGUGUUUUUGGGUAAUGUGACAAAAAAAUCUGACAGAACUGUUACUAUAAACUUAGAUUUUUCUGAUAAGAAAGCCAAAAUUACCCAUAUUUCCUCAGUUGAUGCUGUUGUUCCUGGUCAAGUUGUAGAUUUACUCUGCCAAACAAUAACUAAUAAUGGUAUCGUUGGUAAGACCUUCGGCCUUGUACCAAGUUUCAUAAGUACAGCCCACCUAAGGGUAUUCAAAGAGGAAGAGCUAAAACAUAAUUUUGCUGUUGGAUCCAAUAUCCCUUGUAGAAUUAUUGCCGUCUUAAUUAACAAAGAAAAUGAUAAGACAUUAUUAUUAUCUACACUCCCACACAUAAAAUCUCUCAAGAAUGUUUUGGGUGAGGUUGAAAAUUUGACCGCAUUCCCUAUUGGCCACCUGAUCGAUUCAUGUACCGUUAAGGGUCGUGACUCUGAUUACUUAUAUUUGGCAAUGGAUGAUGAUCGUGUAGGUGAAGUCCAUUCUUCAAGAAUUGGUGAGCUUGAAAAAUUCGAUAAACUAAAAGCUAGAGUGUUAGGGUUUAACUCAAUUGACAAUCUAUAUGAGCUCUCAACUGAUCCAGAAAUUCUAAAAUUGAAGUAUUUAAGAAGUAAAGAUAUCCCUAUUGGAGAAGUUUUGCCUAAUUGCGAAAUAACGGCAGUGUCGAGUAAAGGUAUCGAACUAAAAAUAUUCAAUGGUCAAUUUAAGGCCAUUGUACCUCCAAUGCACAUAUCCGAUACCCGUUUAGUUUAUCCAGAAAGAAAGUUUAAAAUCGGUUCCAAAGUAAAAGGUAGAGUAUUGAAUAUUAACAAUAGAGGGUUGAUUUAUGUAACACUAAAGAAAACAUUGGUCAAUAUAGAGGAUGAUGAUAUCCAAUUAUUGUCAAACUUCGCAAUUGCUAAGGAAAUUCAAGAAAAAAAUCAAAAGACCGUUGCUACCGUGACAGCAUUCAGACCAUCUGGUUGUAUUGUUGCAUUUUUUGGUGGUAUGACUGCCUUUUUACCAAAUGCUGAAAUUUCUGAAGUCUUUGUUAGGAAGCCAGAGGAACAUUUGAGGUUAGGACAGACAAUUGUCGUUAAGCUACUUAAGAUCGACCAAGAAAAUGCAAGAAUGUUAGUGACUUGUAAAAUUUCAAAUGACCAAGCUGAAAAGAAGAAAGAAACUAUUGAAAAAUUAAUUCCUGGUAGGUCUAUGGUGAAGGUUAAUGUUGUUGAAAAGACAAAGGACUCGGUUAUUGUUGAGCUCCCUGAAACUAGUUUACGUGGUGUUAUCUAUGUAGGCCAUUUGUCUGAUGCAAGAAUUGAACAAAAUAGAGCAGCCAUUAAAAAAAUUGCCAUUGGAUCUGAACUAAAGGGGUUAGUAAUCGACAAAGAUGCUAGAACGCAAGUGUUCAACCUUUCCUUAAAACAAUCACUGAUUAAGGAUGCUAAAAAUGAAGUUUCCCCUCUUACUUAUGCGGACAUAAAAUCCAAGUCGAAAACUACUCCUUUACAUGGUUAUAUUAAAUCUAUUUCCAACAAGGGUCUAUUUGUUGCAUUUAAUGGUAAGUUUGUGGGUUUAGUGCUUCCAAGUUAUGCCGUCGAGAGCAGAGAUGUCGACAUUUCUAAAACUUUCUAUAUCAACCAAUCGGUUACUGCAUACUUGCUUAGAUCUGACGAUGAUAAUGAAAGAUUUCUACUUACAUUGAGAACACCUUCAACUAAGGAUGAUUCAUCUAAGGUAACUGGUACUGAAACCUUGAAACCAAUUGACCCAGCUAUGAAAGAUUUGAAAGAUUUCACUACAGGAAAAGUCGUUAAGGUCCAAAUUAAGGGUAUAAAGAAAAACCAAUUGAACGUUGUUCUUGCAGAUAAUUUACAUGGUAGAAUUGAUAUUGCAGAAGUUUUUGAUUCAUUUUCUGAUAUUAAAAACGCCACACAUCCUCUAAUAGACUUUAAAAAAGGAAAUAUCAUAGAUGCAAAAAUUAUUGGAACUCAUGACAUAAAGAGUCACAGAUUCUUACCAAUUUCUCAUCAUGCUGUUAAAGGCUCUGUUCUAGAACUAUCAUUGAAACCAUCUCAAAUGAGAAGCAAAGAUAUUAAAACACUCUCCAUUUCAGACGUUGCCGUUGGGGAUGAAUUAACCGGUUUCGUAAAUAAUUAUGGUUCUAACACUCUUUGGUUAACUGUCUCUCCCACACUAAAGGCUAAAAUAUCGUUAUUUGAUUUGGCUGAAGAUGGUUUAAAAUCAUCUGAAAAGGUUGAGGACAACUUUCCUCUAGGCUGUGCUCUACCAGUUAAAGUAACAUCUAUUGAUACUGAGCAUGGUGUUGUUAAUGUUACCGGUAGGUCGCAUACUGAGAUUUCUUUCGAAAGCUUAAAGGUUGGCGAUAAUGUCCCAAGUCGUAUUAUCAAAAUUGCAGAUAGUUAUGUAUUAUUGGAUCUCGGUAAUAAAAUUCAUGGUAUAGCAUUUAUUACUGAUGCACUGGAUGAUUUUUCUGUCCCAUUGAAAGAAGCGUAUAAGGGAAUGGAGAACGAUAUUGUUUCAGCCAAGAUUGUGUCAAUUGAUGCUGAAAACAAAAAGGUUAAUCUUUCUUUGAGGACAGAGUCUGCAAAGACCCCAUCUAUUUCUUCACACACUGAUAUAUCGCAAGGGGAUGUUGUUCAUGGCCUGGUUAAAAGCAUAUCGGAUAAGGGUAUCUUUGUUUACUUAAGUCGCUCAAUAAAUGCAUUUGUUCCCGUAAGUAAGCUAUCCGAUACUUAUUUGAAGGAUUGGAAGAAAUUUUUUAAGCCAAUGCAGUACGUUAUUGGUAAGGUGGUGAACGCUGAAGAAGAUUCUCGUAUUCUAUUAACUCUUAGAGAAUCUGAAGUGAAUGGUGAUUUGAAAAUCCUAAAGAAUUACGAUGAUAUUAAGGUUAAUGAAAUAUAUAACGGUUCGGUUAAGAAUGUAACGGAUUUCGGUGUCUUUGUUAAACUUGAUAACACAGUCAAUGUAACUGGUCUAGCACAUAAUUCUGAAAUUGCUGACCAGAAGCCUGAAGAUUUGGCUUCAUUAUUUGGUGUUGGGGAUAGAGUGAAAGCAUAUGUUUUGAAGGUUAAUCCAGAAAAGAAACAAUUAUCCUUAAGUUUGAAAGCAUCCAGAUUCGGUAACACAAAUGAGUCCAAGGUUGAAGAAAAGGAAACAGUUGACGCCGAUGGUGAUGAGAUCAUGGAAGCUGUGGAUUAUAAUAAUGCUCCAUCUGAUAAUGAGAACGAAACUGAGGAAAUACUAGAAACUGUUUCAAAACCAAAAAUAUCUACUGAUGGUUUAUCAUUGAGUACUGGUUUCGACUGGACUGCCUCUAUUUUGGAUCAAGCACAAGCUGAAGAGAGUUCAGAAGAAGAUGAGGAUUUCACCGAAACUAAGAGAAACAGACAUAAGAAGAGAAAGCAAACUAUUGUUGAAGACAAAACCAUUGAUAUUAACACAAGAGCUCCUGAAUCUGUUGCUGAUUUUGAAAGAUUAAUUAUUGGUAAUCCAAAUUCUUCUGUUAUCUGGAUGAACUAUAUGGCAUUCCAAUUGCAGUUGAGUGAAAUUGAAAAGGCUCGUGAACUAGCAGAACGUGCGUUGAAGACUAUUAACUUUAGAGAGGAAUCUGAGAAACAAAAUAUUUGGAUGGCAAUGUUAAAUUUGGAAAAUACUUUUGGAAGUGAUGAAACUUUGGAGGAUGUCUUUAAGAGGGCAUGUCAAUACAUGGAUUCCUUUACGAUGCAUAACCGAUUACUAAGUAUCUAUCAAAUGAGUGGAAAGAUUGAUAAAGCUGCUGAAUUGUUCAAGAUUACUGCCAAGAAAUUCGGUAGUGAAAACGUGUCCAUUUGGGUAUCUUGGGGUGACUUCUUAACAUCUCAUGGUAAAGCUCAAGAAGCUCGUGGGAUCUUAUCUAAUGCAUUGAAAGCCUUACCAAAACGUGACCACAUUGAAGUUGUGAGGAAGUUUGCUCAACUAGAAUUUGCAAAAGGUGAUCCUGAAGGUGGACGUUCAUUAUUUGAAGGUUUGAUUGCAGACGCCCCUAAGAGAAUUGACAUAUGGAACGUUUACCUAGAUCAAGAGAUUAAGGCAAAUGAAAAGAAGAAGGUCGAAGAUCUAUUCGAGCGUGUGGUUUCCAGAAAGAUUACUAGAAAACAAGCCAAAUUCUUCUUUAAUAAAUGGUUAGAAUUUGAGGAAUCCCAAAAUGAUAACAAGGUAAUGGAAUAUGUGAAGGCAAAGGCUACUGAAUAUGUAUCAAAUCAUACCAAGGAAGAUGAAGCUGAGUAG